CGAAGUACGAACUGAGAACCGAUAUUGACAGUUCACUUAAUUAAAAUUCGGGGUGGCUUGGCGAUUAACAACCGUGCCUCUGUGUAACUGUUUUCCUUCGGACUCGCCAAUUUGUGCCGGCCAUCAGGUUUAGGGGGUGAAUUCAUGGUUAUCAGGUUAGAUUUUCACACAGAUAAGAAUAUUGGUUUUCAAAGCUUCAGGAGCGUGCAUCGGUUCUGAUGCUUUUGAAUUGGUGAUGGGGGUUAUGGAGAAUAUGAUGCAUUCAAAGUCAUCAACCAGGUUUGCAUCAAUCAAUAGCAGCGACAACGAUGAAAGAUCUGGGAAAUCAUGGAUGGAAAAUGGGCAUUGCACUGUUCUUACCCAGCGCCGUUUUAAGCGCCGAAAAGUAUCUGCCAUUCGUGAUUAUCCUGAAGGCUGUGGGAGGUUUGUGCCCAGAGUUGAUUUAACACCAAAUGUAAAUAUUAUUAACGCUGGUAUUGAUGAAGGUAAAAUAGUUGAGGGUAAGAGUGGGGGAGAUUUAAAGGAUGAAUUUGUUAGAACUUCCAAACUUGAAGAUGAGUCCCAACAUGCUGUGUUUCCUACUCAGACUGUUGGGCAAUCCAGUGGCUAUAGUCUGAAGAAGGAAAUACCUGUGGUCUCAGCUAAAAUUGUUGAUGAGCCCCCCUCGACAAAUGAUGAAACUGUAAAAAUGGGGCUGGCGAGCGUGGAAAAUUUGGAAUCCAGAGGAACUGCAGGAACCAUAAAAUGUGAUUCUUCUAACAUGUCAAAAGACUUGCAUAAAAAUGACCCUUCUUCUCCAGUAGGUAAGGUGGCUUUGUCAGGGAGUAAAUUCUUGUCGCCAAAUGUAAAUAUGGCUGAUUCUAUUGACCGUUUGGAUAAGACUGUAACAAGAAGGCGUUUUCCCCAAAGGCGAGUUUCAGCCACUAGAGACUUUCCUCCUUUAUGUGGACGGAAUGCUCCACGCCUUUGUAAGGAUAAGUGUUCAAAGGAGAUCUUUUCUGAAUAACAACAUCAUGGGUGAACGGGACUUGGCUGUGGAUGACAAGGAAUUGAAAAAAGUCACGGCCUCUGAUGUGAAUGAAGUGGAAAAGAACGUUGAAUAUGGAGAUGCUUGCAAUCCAGUGAAUAUAGUUCAAGGUGAUUUUGAAGGGAAUGUUAUGCGGGAAGUGAAUAAGUUGGAUGGAUUGGAAGCAUCUUCUGAGAUGGACUUGCUACCAAAAAAUCCAGGAGAUAAGGGCAUUGCGCUUCUUCAUGGAAGCAAUCACAAUCAGGUAUUAACAAGUUCCCCAACAGCAGCUGAAGAAGAAAGCAGAGAUGCUGUGCUGGUUGAGGGAACACUAGGAAAGGAGAUAGUAGUUUAUUCAGGAGCCCAAAGCCUUGUGACAGAGCCUCUGGGUACAUCUGCCUGCCAUCAUAAGUCAAAAGGAGAUUUCAGUGAAUUGCAGGCUCGAUCUAGCAGGAUGGUUGUGCUAGGUCUGAUGUCUCAAUCGACAUGUCCUUGGAGGAACACUAUAGGUUCUUCCAAAUUCAGUAUGGUUGGUGAUAAAAAUGAAAGAAAGGGAAAGGGAAAGAAAAUUGAUUUUUUUGAACGGUUUGACAGGUCUAAAGUUGCUACCAAGUCUAGCGACUCGCCAAGUUGUUCUAGAAAGAAGGCUGUAGUAAAGAAAAAAGGAAGCUGUGCUGCUGAAGGUAUGGGUCAACUAGUAGUUUGGGAGGAUAAAGGUACGCUUGACUCUGAUAAAAAUAUGGAAGAGAAAAGUAUUAUCCCAAGAUCCCAAGGUUUUGAUGUUUAUGUUCCUCCUUUUAGUCAUGGAAAUCUAAAUGGUAAUGAUGAGGACUCAAAUGUGACUCGAAAUAAAGUGAGGGAGACAUUGCGCCUUUUUCAAGUUGUUACUAGAAAACUAUUGCAGGAGGAAGAAGCAAAGUCAAAGAACAAAGCGAACAAUAAUAAGAAGAUGAGGAUCGAUACAAUAGCAGCCAAGAUCCUUAAGAAUAAAGGGAAAUAUGUUAACACAGGGAAGCCGAUCGUGGGACUUGUCCCUGGGGUUGAAGUUGGUGAUGAAUUUCAGUACUGGGUGGAGCUUAACAUGAUUGGCCUUCAUCGUCAAUCUCAGGCUGGCAUAGAUUAUGUAAUGUAUAACGGUAAGAUCCUUGCAACUAGUGUGGUUUCAUCUAAGGGCUAUGCUGAUGAGUUGGGCAGUUCAGAUGUGUUGACUUAUACAGGACAGGGAGGAGGUAUGUUGAAGAAUGGCAAAGAACCUGAAGAUCAGAAGCUCGAGAGGGGCAAUCUUGCUUUGAAGAAUAGUGUUGCUGAAAAGAAUCCUGUCAGGGUAAUACGUGGCUGUGAAUCAACAGAUGGAAAAAGUAGGAGAUAUGUUUAUGACGGUCUCUAUGAAGUGGAGGCUUAUUGGCAGGAAAUGGGACCACAUGGUAAGUUGGUUUUUAGGUUUCGACUGCGAAGAAUCCCAGGUCAACCAGAACUUGCUUGGAAAGAAGUGAAAGAAUGCAAAAAAUUCAAAAAAAGAGAGGGUGUUUGUGUUGAUGACAUUUCUAAUGGGAAAGAGCCAAUUCCAAUAUGUGCUGUGAACACCAUAGAUGAUGAAAAACCCCCGCCAUUUGAAUACACAACUAGAAUGAUAUAUCCUAACUGGUGCAAUCCCAUUCCUCCAGAGGGAUGUAAUUGUACAAAUGGAUGCUCUGACUCUGACAAAUGUUCUUGUGCGGUCAAAAAUGGGGGAGAGAUCCCUUACAAUCAUAAUGGAGCCAUUGUAGAAGCAAAGCCUCUUGUGUAUGAGUGUGGUGCUUCUUGCAAGUGUCCUUCAACAUGUCAUAACAGAGUCAGCCAACAUGGGAUAAAAUUUCAACUUGAAAUUUUUAAAACCAAGACAAGAGGAUGGGGUGUGAGAUCCUUAAAUUCCAUUUCUUCAGGAAGUUUUAUCUGUGAAUAUAUAGGAGAGCUUCUUGAAGAGAAGGAAGCAGAACAAAGAACUGGUAAUGAUGAAUAUCUAUUUGAUAUCGGGAAUAGCACCAACAGUACUCUUUGGGAUGGACUUUCAAGCCUAAUGCCUGAGGCACAGUCAAGUUCUUGUGAAAUUGUGGAAAAUAGUGGUUUCACCAUUGAUGCUGCCCAGUAUGGCAAUGUUGGGAGAUUUAUCAACCAUAGUUGCUCCCCUAAUCUUUAUGCUCAAAAUGUUCUUUAUGAUCAUGAUGACAGGAGAAUACCUCAUAUUAUGUUUUUUGCUGCUGCUGAAAAUAUUCCUCCUCUGCAAGAGCUGUGUUAUGAUUACAAUUAUAUGAUAGAUCAAGUUUAUGAUUCUGAUGGCAAUAUAAAGAGGAAGGACUGCUUUUGUGGUUCUGCAGAGUGCACUGGUAGGAUGUACUGAGGCUUGCAAAGAGAAUGGCUCAAACCAUUGUUACAAGUUGGCUUGCUGCUGUGGUGAGUUCUUUCAAGAAAGUGUUCGAAAUUUAAAGAGAAGUGGUGGAUAUAGGCUAGGCUGUCUGAAGAUUCUGGAUGCUCUUCAUUGCCUUGUUCAUUUCUGAUAGCAUACAAGAGAAAUUACACUUAGCUGCUUAAAAUGACCAUGGUAUGAUAAAUGCUGAUUGUCACGUGGUUAUCUAUUUGGCCUCUACCUAUUCUUCAACUGUUAUUUCUUCGCUUCAAGCCUGUUAGUUGUUUCAUUUUAUUUCUAGUUGGGUCUUGUGAUACCUAUUAGAGUACAUUUUGCUGCAUGAGGGAGAAAGAAAAGUAGACAUAGUGUUUAUUUGGAAUAUUUAUCAUGUCGUUGUUAUUGUUUUUUUUAUUAUUAUUUAACAAUUAACAUUUCUGAUGAUUUUUUUAUGUUGGAACACAAGACGUUUGUCAUAUUUUCAUUUGAUAUUACUUUAUACUUGAAUAUUGCGU